AGCCUAAGUAGUUGCCAUUCGAAGAGCAGUGUAAAAACAUGGAGAGUCGCCUUUUUAACCACAAUUUAAUAUUGUAAAUAAAUAGUUAUCAAGCUUGAUACUCAUCAUGUAGGGGAUAGUGAGUUCCAUAGGCAUCAACGUGUCGAUAGCCAAUAAUUGAAGAACCGUUAAAUUUUUACUUAAACCAUCAAUUUCGUCCGAAUGAUACGUUGGAGGUUAAGCUAGCGUGGCUAUUAAUUUUAGUUUUGUAUAUAUACAUUUAGAAAUAAAGAAAUAGAAAUUUUGUAUAAGAUAUUUUAUAAAAAGCUUGUUAAAGAUGAGCAUUUAGUGAACAGUUUUCAAAAUGUCACACGAUGAAUCAUGUCAAGAUCGUCAAAAUAACGAGCUCGAAGUUUUAAAAUCAAUUUUUGGAGACGAAUUAUGUGACUUUCGUAAAAAUAAACAAAAGAAAAAAUGGCAACCAUUGGAUAUUGCUAUAACGCUAACGCCACAACAAGGUAUGUCUGGACCUGUGGAAGUUUAUGCACAGGUUGACUUGCAUGUGGCAUGUGGAGACAAUUACCCCAAGGAUACACCCAAAAUUCGGUUACAAAAUAGUAGAGGCUUAUCUGAUCAACAGCUUGCACUUCACCUAUCUGAAUUAGAAGCUCUGGCUAAAGAAUUAAAAGGAGAAGUUAUGAUUUUUGAACUGUGCCAACAUGUACAAAAAUUUCUUCAUGAGCAUAACAAACCUGGAUAUAGUAGUUUUUAUGAGGAAAUGGUAUUGAAGCGUCAAGAAAGAAUUCAAUGUGAGUUGCAGGAAAAACAAUUAAAAGAAGACAAAGAAAGACAGGUCUUGCAAGAUGAAAUUUUGAAACGUAAAGAGGCCCUCAAAGCAGAAAUGCGUAACAGAAGGGAAUCUGCUCGUUUAUCUCUUGAGUCUGAUCCAAUCCUAUCACAAUCAAUACCAUCCUCGCCACAUGAGAGAGUUAGAACUUAUUCUAGAAGAAGAUGCAUGAGCACAUCAGAGAGUUCUGAAGGUUCGUUAUGUGAGCAUAGAGGAACCAAGUUUCUACAUUUUGAUAACAACAAAGGGGAGCGACAAGUUCAUCGGGGAAAAUGUUUAGGGCACAGUGCAAAAGGAUCUGUAGUAUAUGCAGGGGUUGAUAUUAUUACUGGAGAAUUAUUGGCUAUUACUGAGUGGACAUUAAAAUGUGGAUCAAUAGAUAAUCAUGAAAAUGGCGAAUUGACAAAUCUGCAACACUCAAUGAAACAGAUAGCUAGCAUAGAACAGGAACUCAAUCAUCUAUACAGAUUACAUCAUCCCAAUCUUGUACAGUAUUUAAAUAUGAAGUACAUACAGGAUAAAGAUAAUAUAAUAAUUUACACUUUACAAGAAUUUGUGGUUGGAACAACUUGCUCUUUUUAUUUAACAGAAAACAUUCCAGUUGAUACAGAUAUGCUUAGGUAUUUAGCAGCAGGAAUUUUAACUGCACUUGAAUUUCUUCACGAAAAUAACGUUGUUCAUAAAGAUCUUCGAGAUUCAAGUGUUCAUAUUGAUCGUACAGGUCUUAUAAAGGUUUCAGAUUAUUCAUUAGACAAAAGACUUUCUGAUAUAUAUAGAGCAAGCAGUUUAGCCAAGGUAGAGCAUGAUUUUCCUACAAGUCAAGGAAGGGGAGGCAAAAAAGCAGAUAUUUAUAGAUUUGGUAUACUUUUGUUAUCCUUAGUAAAGGGCUCAAUAGUUUCAGAAAAAGAAAUAGAAGUCGACUCAUCAUUGCAGCCGGAUUUAAGAGAUUUUGUAAAUAAGUGCCUUGUUACAAACGAACGAGCUCGUUGGUCAGCUGAGCAAUUACUGCAGCAUUGUUUUAUACGUGCACCACUUGAGAGAGGAUUGUCUCCUCCUAGAUUAGAUGGCAAUCAGGAACAAAAUCGGAUUGAACCGGAACAAGAACCUGAUGCAGAUGUUCACUUUUAUCUUCCAGCUUUUGGUGGACAAUCGCGCCUUCAAAACGAAUUCGAAGUAAUAAGAUGGUUAGGCAAAGGAGCAUUUGGAGAUGUUUUCAAAGUUAAAAAUAAGUUGGAUGGUGGUAUUUAUGCUAUAAAACGAAUAAAGUUAAAUCCUAAAAAUAAACAACUAAACAGGAAAAUAACGCGUGAAGUGAAAUUGUUGUCCAGAUUAAAUCACGAGAAUGUGGUGCGUUAUUAUAAUUCAUGGAUCGAAACCGCUAACAUCGAUGAUAUGACAAGACAUACACCAUCUACUACACCAUCAAUCAAGUUUACCUCCACUACAGAAGAUAAAACAUCAAGUGUUGGUGAUUAUUUAGGAAGUGAAAAUGUAGAAAAAUUGGCCCCACCUUUGCAUGACGUUGAAUGGAAUGCUUCUUACGGAUCUCGCGCGAGUGUUGCGUUGUCUGCAGAUAGCGAGGAAGACAAUAGUGAUCAUUCUGAUGAUUCUGAUCUUAGUGAUGACGAUUGGGCUUUUAUUAUGAGAACGCGAGUUGACUCUUCUGAUAGCAUAGAAUUCGAAAGAGAUGGUACUUCUCAAACUUCGGAGUCUGUACAAAAUUCUCAGGACCUAGUUGUAGAAAAAAAUAAAAAUGAGACUGAAAAUGACGAAUCUUCAAAGGAAAUUCAAGUUAUGUUUAUACAAAUGGAAUUUUGCGAAAAGAGCACAUUGAGAACUGCCAUUGAUAAUGGGCUUUAUGAAGAUGAAGAACGAAUCUGGCGAUUAUUUCGAGAAAUCAUUGAAGGCUUAGCACAUAUACAUCAGCAAGGUAUGAUUCAUCGAGAUUUGAAGCCAGUGAAUAUUUUUUUAGACAGUAACGAUCAUGUAAAGAUCGGAGAUUUUGGUUUGGCGACAACAAAUAUUUUAUCUUUCACACAAACACUGGAAGCAGAAAAAGAAUCUCAAAUAAGUGAUAAAGGUGUCAGUUUUGAUAUGGAUGAUCUGGGCUCAAUGACUGGUCAAGUAGGCACUGCUUUGUAUGUUGCACCCGAGUUAUCCGCGCAGGCCGCAAAAGCUAUAUACAAUCAAAAAGUAGAUAUUUACAGUUUGGGAGUAAUUUUUUUCGAGAUGUGUUAUAAGCCACUUACGACGGGCAUGGAGAGAGUAAAGGUUCUUUUGAAUCUUAGGUCCAAAGAUAUUGUUUUACCGUCUGAAUUGAGUGAAAGGGGUAUGACGAACCACAUUCAUAUUUUGCGCUGGCUCUUAAAUCACGAUCCAAGUCAGCGGCCUACAUCACAAGAAUUAUUAUCUUCCGAGUACUUACCGCCAGCUCAACUUGAAGAAGCUGAACUUCAAGAAAUGGUUCGUCAUACACUAUCUAAUGCUCAGAGCAGAGCUUACAAACAUCUCGUUGCUUGUUGCUUUGCACAAGAAGUCACGCCUGCCGAAGAUAUAACAUACGACAUGAAUUUGCCAGCUCGAAAUACGACAAACUCGUUACUUCCAAAAUAUCGAUUUUUCUACAACAAUAUCAAGACCAAAGUUGUUAAUGUCUUUCAAAAACAUGGAGGAAUAAGCAUUAAUACUCCGCUUCUCAUGCCCAAGUCUGGUCCACUUUAUAGUACAACUGAUAGUUGCGUUCGACUAAUGACUCGUACAGGCAGUAUCGUUUCCAUACCGCAUGACUUACGUGCACCCUUUGCCAGAUACGUCGCUUGGAACAAUAUUUCUAGCAUACGUAGAUACGCAAUUGAAAGAGUCUAUCGAGAAAAGAAGGUUCACGGAUUUCAUCCCCGCGAGUUGUACGAGUGCGCCUUCGAUAUAAUUAGUCCAAUGCCAAACAAUCUGAUGGCCGAAGCAGAGCUUAUAUUCAUCGCCUGGGAAAUCUGCAACGAGAUACCUCAGUUACAAGAGCGCAACUUUACUGUACGCAUCAACCAUACAUCACUUUUGCAAGCCGUUCUUAUGUAUUGCGGCAUCGAGCGUGAAAAAUACCAAGACAUCUAUUCUAUAUUAUGCGAUGCGCGAGAUGGAAAAUUUUCGCGAUUUCAAGUACAGACGCAUUUGAUCAGUUUGUGCCUUACCGAUCAGGCGAUGGAGACGCUAUUCAACCUCUUUGAGACUGAAAGUUCAGUAGCCAAGAUCGCCAGUGUAUUGAAAACUAUUACAAAAAGAAAAGGUGAUGCGGCAGCUUUGGCUAAGGAGGGGCUUAGGGAAAUCGAAAUUGUCAUUGCCAACGCAGAGGCUUUGGGAGUUAAGUGCCCUAUCACAGUGGUUCCACUACUUGUACACAAUAUUCAACAACAUAGCGGCAUAAUUUAUCAGAUCACGUGCGAAAUCAAGAAAAGGCGCCGGCGAGGUGGUCAAGAAGUCAUCGCAGCCGGUGGUAGAUACGAUAAAAUGUUGGCAUCAUUCCGACAAGUGUUGGAACGCACGGGUAUGGCUAGCAAGGAAACCAAACAAUUUGGUGUUGGCAUCAGCAUCUCCUUGGACAAACUAGCCAGUGCUGCUUGUGAAUUGUCAGAGGAUCUUUGUCGUGAUAAUAAAUUCGCCAUCGACGUGGCGGUUUGUUGCGUAGAUGGAGUUCCUCGACGUGAAAAAGAACUUGCCGAUGUGUUGCGUGAACUUUGGUCGCUCGACCUCAGAGUCACUUGCCUCGAUUUUAGCACCACCGAAGAGAUAUUGGAGUACUGCCGAGAGAAUGGCAUCAAUCAUGUGGUGAUGUUAAAAAGUGGUGAAAAAGGUAGCCUGAGGAUCGAAACUUGGGAAAGGGACAGGUUUCAGGGUCGCAAGAUCAGCAUUCAGGACGUAACUGAGCACUUUCAACGACAGACUGAAAAUGUGCUGCCAAUCACUCUGAACAGGUCUGAGAGUAAAUUGAGCACCAACACAGAGCUGAUGGUAUCGUCAAAUCCUCCUGUUAAUGUUAAUAUAAAUUUCAUACUCUCGGACCGUGAUAAGUUAUCCGGCAGCGGAAGAAGAAGUUAUAAAAAUGCUAUGCAAGCACAAAUGUCUUCUUACUUGCAGAGGAUAUCACAUAAGGUUCCUAUUGAAGUAUUUGCGGUUUUUUUGGACAUGGCAGUUGUCCGAACGAUUACUAAUUUCUUGGAGAUUGAUGAGAAUGAUCAAGACUUUCAAAAAAGCAUUCAAGUAGUAAUAGACAAGCAUCAACGUCAUAAAAAGUAUAUUAAGCAGAUCUGUGACGAAAUGUGGGAAGCUCGGAAUGAUAAAUCACGCCCUGUUUUGAUUCUUUACAGUUUAUCAGAUAGUCAAUACAUGACACUGGUUUGAAUGAGAAAUGACAAAUGUACAAAAUAUUGAUAAAAAUAUACACAUUUAUUUUUA